AUGACGCAACGCAUAAGUCACUACACGCAGGGCUACUCCGAGCAGACUCUCAAAACGCAACAGACACGCACGGCCGAAUCAGAUGCUGCCUUCAUCCUGCCUCACAUAAAAGAAACAGACCGUAUUCUUGAUAUUGGCUGCGGAGCUGGUACCAUUACAACGGGAUUUUCCAAAUAUGCCAGCAAAGGCACAAUUAUUGGAGUUGACAUGUCGACAGAGGUCCUACAGAAGGCAAAGGACCUAGCAGCUGAAGCCAACAUUCCAUCUGAGGGCUCAGGUUCCGUUAUCUUCGAGCAAGGCAAUGUCAUCGAAGGCUUUGCCUAUCCUGACGAAUCGUUCGACAUCGUCUACUGCUCCCAGGUCUUUGGGUAUUUCCCACCACCAGAACAGCCAUUGCAGGCACUAGCAGAGAUCCGACGGGUCCUGAAAUCGGGAGGAAUUCUAGCCACACGCGAUGCAGCUGAGCAGCAUUUCUACCCCAAGAACCUAGAAAUCGACCGACUGUGGGUUGGAAAUUUCCGUCGGGCAAUACUUAAAGGGCUACCUGAUGUAGAGCCCACCGGGACGAUGAUGCUUGUGUUAUUCCGGAAGGCGGGUUUUGACACUGAUGGUGGUAAGGUUCACAUCGGCACCUCAUCCUCGGCGAGCUCAGGGCCAGAGAUUCGGAAGUGGUUAGCCAAGCGCGCUGCAAGCCAGCUCCAGGAGGGCGAGACACUCCGAAAGAACUGGUUAGAUGCCGGUAUCACGGAGAAAGAAAUAGAACAGACGCUUAUUGCCGUGUCCAAGUGGGCUGAGACGGAGGACGCCUGGUUCGCGUCACUCCAGUGCGAGAUGCUAGCAUGGAAAUAA